GCAUGACUCCUUUUACUCCCUUAUCUCAACACACGUUCUAUUGCAUGACUCCUUUCUGAUGUUUCUCAUGGCACAUAUAAAUGAUAUAUGGGCAUGCUCCAUUACCCUGUGGAUCAGUUUCUAGGACCUCCAUGAAAGACUUGUCUCUCUUUCUCCUUAAGAACUCCCUUGCAGCUAAGAUGAAGCGAGGUCUGAGGUCCUUCUGCAAUGGAUCCGAUUCAACAUCCAUCCUUAACCAGAACAAAACUGAUGACAUCUCUUGUUUGGUCGCCCCAUCUCUCAUGGGCUCAUGCUAUGAGUACUCGGCGGCCUAUGGCGACAGUCUAGCUGAAAGUCCACCAACUUUAGAGCAGAUGAUAGCGAGGUUAGAUGAAGAGGAGGCCGCCGCUAAAGCAGCCAAAUACCAGCCAAAUUGGAACUGGCGGGGCUUCGGAGAAGAAACAUGUUGUGGUCUUAGGAGAAUGUCAUGUGUGAAUAAUUCCGAUAUUCUAAACUCUGCUAGAAACGCCUUGAAUCAAUACCCCCGCUUCUCUCUAGAUGGCCGCGACUCUCUUUACCACUCAUCCUUCCAGAAGUUGCCACCAAAUUUGGCAAGGGAAGUGAGGUGGAGCCCUGUGGCCGAGCUUCCUCCUAGGCGAUCGGUUUGUUGUACCGGUAAAGACAGAUUCAGGGGAGGCGGGUUCGGUAGGGAUGAUUAUGGGGCUGAUAUGGAGGGGAGAAGGGGGUUGUCAUCAAAUUUAGCGGCAAGAAAUGCCAGUAGGUUUAGAGGAGAUUUUGGUAGGGAUAAUUGGGGUGCUGAAAUGGAGAGAAACAGGGGUUUGCCUCCAAAUUUGGCAGCAAAAGAUGUGGCGGGUUGGUGCAAGCCAGGGGUGGUAGCUAAGUUGAUGGGUUUGGAGGUCAUGCCGGUGCCGUUAGCUAGAAACAGUGGGGGAGCAAAAGCUCAUGGAGGCCUGUACUCAAACUGUGCUAAGAGAGAAAGUUUCUCUAGACCUAGAAAUACUAACUUAGAGAGAAGGCCUGUUGGUGUGCAGGCUGGUAAAAAGGGCUCUGGAUCGGGCUCUAGGCCUGGUUACUGUGUAAUGAAGCCAAUCUCUGUCAGCGAAGUGAGGAGCAAGCCGAGCCGGCAUGUCGGGCAUAAACGCUAGAUCUUCAACCUUACAUCACUGUAUGAACUAAAUUCCUACUGUCCAAUUCCUUGUCCUUUUUGGUUCAUAGUUUAUUUUGCUCUUCAAUUCAUACAUAACAUACCAUUGGACUUUGCUACUAUAUUGAAUUACUUGAAGAAUAACAUCAACAUUUGGGUUU